UUCUUCCGCGAUGAAACGUAGGAUCAAUUUCGCGAACACCAUCCGGAGUGGUCAGGAUGGCGGCUGCCUUUGGGUGCUUUGGUAGGGUUUUGAUACAUCAUCAAAGGCAUUGUUUUUCUAAGAUGGUUUGUCAGACAUCUCUUUAUCCUUGUUCUGUAAACAUUCUGGGGCCCAACAGACAUUUUGCUGCUUCUACAAAGCCCGCAAAGAAAACAAAAAAAGGUGGUAAAGACAAAGCACAAGACAAAACAAAAGACGACAUAGAAAAAAUAAAGUCAUACUCUUACAUGGAAGAGGAACCUGAGGAUGAUGUGUAUUUAAAACGGUUAUACCCAAGGCAGAUAUAUGACGUGGAGAAAGCGAUUCCCUUACUUAAGAAAUUUCAAAUUCUUGACUUUACUAAUCCAAGGCAAGGUGUUUAUCUUGAUUUGACAUUGGAUAUGGCACUGGGAAAGAAGAAAAAAGUGGAACCAUUUGCCAGUGUUGUUAGGUUACCAUACCCAUUCUCUUCAGAAAUCAAUAAAGUUGCUGUAUUUACAGGGAAUGCAGAAGAGGUUAAAAUAGCAGAAGAAAAUGGAGCUGCUUUUGCAGGAGGAACUGAUCUGAUUCAAAAGAUUUUGGAUGAUGAAAUUCAUGUAGACUUUUAUGUAGCUGUCCCAGAAAUAAUGCCUGAGCUUCACCCAUUAAGGAAGAAACUGAAAAAAAGAUUUCCAAAGCUUAGUCGAAAUUCUAUUGGCCGUGACAUCCCCAAAAUGCUUGAACUAUUUCAAUAUGGACUUGAAAUUAAGGUAGAUGAAGAAAGGGAGAACUUUCUGAAGACCAAAAUAGCAGCAUUGAAUAUGUCGAGUGACCAGAUAAUUGCCAAUCUGCAAGCAGUUGUUAAUGAAGUUUGUAAGCACAGACCACUGAGUUUGGGUCCCUUUGUGGUGCGCGCUUUCCUUCGUUCUUCAACAAGUGAAGGUUUGCUACUAAAAAUGGAUCCAUUUUUGCCUAAAGAAGUAAAAACCGAAGAAAGUAAUAAAGAAGCUGCCUAAAUGUGUGUUGAAUUAUGAAAUUAUUCGUGAAUUUUGUGAAUUCACAACUUUAAAUUUGUGAAUUUCACGAUUACAUUGUGAAGAAGCAACAGAGAAAAUUAUAAAACUGCAUAAUUUCUAUGUUUGGUUUCUUGUUGUCUUAUCAUUUCUCAACCAUCAUACUUGAAAGUGAAUUUCAACACCGAAAAAUCUUACAACAAUUUCAAGAAUAAGAAAAUAAAAUUUUCCCUAUGUCUG